AUGAUACUGCCGACGAAAACUGAUCUAACAGCGGAACAGCAGCAGCAGCAACAGCAACAGCAACAGCAGCAGCAGUCACAGCAGCAAGCAGCUGCAGCUGCAGCAGCAGCACUGCAGUGGGCAACUGCUGUCGGUUAUGACGAGAAGCAACAGGCCGAUUUUGCUCAAGCACUCAUCAAUACUCAGUAUGCCACUCUCGGAGGAAAUAUGUUAUUGAACCAUACAGCAGCACUGGCCAAAUCAGCCAAACAAGACAACGUGGCCAGUCCAACACACAUCUCACCGGCGUUAUUGCAGCAAAACACUCGGCGGUUUACACCGUACUAA